UCUGCUGCUUCUUGUUCUUCUUCCUCUCCGAGAUUUUGCGAUUGCUUUGCUUUCCCGAUCAUUUUUAUUCUUUCCCGCCGGUAGCUUCGAUUCGCCGAUGGAGUACGAUUACAGAAACAGAGCGAACCAGCCGUACGAUCCUCAAGCUCCGAUGUACAGGCAAUCCAGCUCAUCUGCGACGCAGCCCGGUCACCCGAUGUACGGACAGCCGAUAUACCCGCGAGUCGGGCAGCCGGGCCACGGCGGAGCUCCUCCAGGCGGCCGUCACCCCGCUUAUCAUCAGACGCCUGCUCCGUCGGCUUCUUCUUCUUCGGGGUUGGGGAUCCGAGUGGCGUUGAAGCCGGAGUACCGAAUCACUCCGCCGCCUCAAUUGUCGCCUCAAAUGGGAGAGAUUCCGCGGAGCAAUUUCCAGUUCGAUUUCGAGUUUGAGAAGAAGCUGUUGGCUGAAGCGGAGAAGGGAAGCAUCAAUUGGAGCAGGCUAGGGUUGGAGAAUGUUCCUCCUCCCAGGGCUGCAGAAGCAAAUUCUUCAUUGGGUUCAGGAGGAGAUCCCAUAGUCAGCAAAUACAUUGCAUCGAGACUUAAUCCAGAAGCUGUUCCUGUUGCAGUUGCAAACUACGGGGACAACCCUACAAAGGUUCGGGAAUUCUCCAACGCUUACACUCAGCUACGGGAAAUGGGAUUCUCGUCGAACAACGUGGCUGAAGCACUGCUCAUGUAUGACAACGAUACAGAAAAGGCAUUGGCUCAUUUCCUCAACAGUCCUACAUAAACCUCCCCUGCUACAGCCUCGCUGAAUUGAACUUCACUCAGUGUCAAUUUGGUUGUAAUGUCUAUUUCGUUUGCUUCGGUUUUCAGAACUUUGUGAGAAUUAUGCCCAACCAGCUUUGUGUAAUCUUCUUGUUCCGAUGUAACAAAUGCUUUAUACGUUGUAGAUAUGCAAAAGAUCUAGCUGUUUCUUUGCUCAAAA